AUGCCUGAAGAAUCUGAGAUGUCUGAAGCGUCGAUUCCAAAUAAUCGUAAUAACUCACAACAAAAAAAUAAAAAAAGAGAAAGGAAAAGAAGAACUUUUGAAGCCAUAUCUACAGAAGAGAUUCCGUAUCCAAAAAAAUCAAAAAUGACAAGUGAUUUACAACUAAAGACUGAUGAUAUAGAAAUUACACACUCUACAAAUUCGCAAUUACACACUGUAAUUGACAAUAUAUGGAUGAUUAGUCAUGCUUUGGAAUUACCUGAUGUACCAAUGUGGGUUGGUUUCAACAGCCGGAUUAAUAAUAAUGACAGUCCGCAACAAAUUAUUUCCUAUUUAACCCCAAUCAAUGCAUCUCCAACCAGUACAUCCAUAGUUCUAGAGACUAUGGAACAAAGUAAGAAAAUAGCUGAAGACUUACACCAACCUUCCAUACAGGUUACAUAUGAUCUUGCCAUUGCAAAAGUUGCAUACCAAAAACAAGCCACGGAAACACCUCAUUUUGAUAACUUAUUCAUACAUUUAGGACCGUUUCAUAUAAUGAUGGCUUAUUUUAAAGCAAUCGGUAAGGUGAUAAGUGCAUGUGGGUUAACAAAUGUAAUGGUUGAGAGUAAUUUGCUGGCAAAUGGUUCAGUGAAUGGAUUUCUUGAUGGAAAACACUUCAACCGUUGUAAAAGAUUACACCCUAUGGUUGCUUUGGGGCUGGAAAUACUACAUUUUAAAUCGUUCUUACAAAAUAAUAAUAUAACAUUAACGGACGAUGUAAUAGAAGGAGUGAAAAGACUUCAAAACAGCGAAAUAUCAUCAUUUCACAUAGAAAAUGAAGAAUUAGAAGAAUUAAUAAAUAAUUAUCUCUCAAUGGUGAACAUGAAAUUUAUAUGCAACGUAUACAAUGUCGGUGGUAUAAUUGAUGUUGAUGCUACGCGCCUUCAAAUGUUCAUCGAUUCAUAUACGGUCUCUGAUAUUAACGAAGCUUUUAACCGAAAAAAAUUGCGAAAUUUCGACGCUAGCAGCCUACCGUCAUGUAAAAGCGAACUGUUCCAGCAAUUUCUACGAGCAAAUUACAUAUGUUGCAUUUGGAAUAAUGCUCACCUAAAAUAUCCAACCAUACACAAACCACAAAAUAAUGGUUGGGUACAAGAAAAUGAAAUGAAACAAUACCAUUUUAAAUGGUUUGAAGGGGAUCAGCUACCAAAUUUUGUCAGUGAUUCGUUACAAAUUAUAUCAGAAACUGACGAAGAAGGUGAUUUGGACAUCAAUCAAGAGAACUGGAGUAGUAGUGACGAGGAUGAUGAAGAUAUCGACGACAACAAUGAAAAUUCUGAGCAUUAUUAA